CCAGACAGGUAUGCGCGGUGCCUUUGGAAAGCCCCAGGGCACAGUGGCCAGGGUCCACAUUGGCCAGGUCAUAAUGUCCAUCCGCACCAAGCUGCAGAACAAGGAGCAUGUGAUUGAAGCCCUCUGCCGGGCCAAGUUCAAGUUCCCUGGCUGUCAGAAGAUCCACAUCUCCAAGAAGUGGGGAUUUACCAAGUUCAAUGCGGAUGAAUUUGAGAACAUGGUGGCAGAAAAGCGACUCAUCCUGGAUGGCUGUGGGGUCAAAUACAUCCCUAAUCGUGGUCCCCUGGACAAAUGGCGGGCCCUGCACUCAUGAGCAUCAGCUCUGUUCCCUUCUUAAUCAUGCUCACCAAUA